GGGAAGCGUCAAAACACUCAAAACUCAAACGUCGUCGAAACACUGAGCACGCUUCAGUCACUCACGCGCGGGCUAUGGAGGAGGCAGCAGUAAGGGAACGGAAGAGGCCCCGCGAGGGCGACGCGGCUCCUUCCGCCGCCGUGGCCGCCGCGGCGGGGGAGGCGCAGUACGUGUACCUGCCUAUCGUCGACGCCCUGAAGGCCCCCGGCGCCCGGGUCUGCCUCUUCGCCGCCGUCUCCGAGAUCGGCGCCACCGUCCGCAGCCGUGGCACGGAUUUCACUCUUACAAUGAGGAUUGCCGAUCAAUCACGUCCAGCUGGGAUCUCUGUAACAUUUUUUGCAGACAAUACUGCUUUAUUGCCCUGUGUUAAGUCAAGUGGAGAUGUGAUCAGUCUUCAUAAUGUCGUGAUAACGAUGCAUGGAGAAUUUUUUGUUACAUUUAACAAAAAGUUUUCUUCAUUCGCCCUAUUUGAAGGGAAAGUAUCUACAGAGUCCAGCCCAUAUCAGACUUCUAUGAAAUAUCAUGGGAGCAAAUAUGACAAUGAACUUUUGACCCAGAUGAGGAUGUGGCUUGCAUACAAUCCUCCAGGUAUGAAAGAACUUGAAUUGCAGUUAAGGAGUUUAAAGUCUGAAACUACUUUUGACUUAGUAUGCAAGGUUCUUCAUGUCCAUGAAAGUAAUGGCGAAUGGACAUUUUAUGUUUGGGAUGGAACUGAUACCCCAGCAGCUGAGUUUCAGGCAAUUUUGGAUGCUGAGGCGGUUGAAUCGUCCCCUCUACAUCUUGAAGGAACGCCUCUACCCAGGGAGGUUUUAUGCACAAUGCCUUGUGUCGGAACUGUUCUGAGGAUUUUUGCAAACAGGUUUCUCAAGGAAUUAUUUCACUUGCAAAAGAAUAUUUACUGGGCCAGGUUCUGCAACAUAACUUGCAAGCAAGAGUUUGGCAUUUGGAAAGGCAUCUUGGCACCAUCUAGUAGGAUUCGCCUUUUAUCUCAUGAAGAUGGCAGUGUUGUUGAUCGCCUGAAGAUGUAUGACCGCCGCAUCGCCAAUCAAGUUCAUCGCCAGCCAAUGGCAAGCCUUCCUGAGGCCUCUAAUGUUGCUGAUGUAGAGUAUGAGACGGCAGGUUACUCAACGUUGAUGGAGUCUUUAACUCAUGAACAGGUGACACACAAAUUCAAAACCCUGGUCCGUGUUGUGGCUGCAUACCCAUGUCGAGCUAGUGAACUCCGUUUGCUUUUGACUGGUAGCUAUUUUCUUCGGUUGACUCUUGAGGAUCCUACAGCAAGAAUUCAUGCAUACGUCCACAAAGAUGAUGGGGCCAAAUUCUUCGGUGGUUUUCUAACAGCAGAGGCGCUGAUAAAAAAGAUGAACAAGCUACUGGGCAUCCCAGAAGAGGACGAGGAAGGCGCUCCCUUGACCAGGAACCCACCUUGGAUAUGGUGUUGCUUGAAAUCUUACCGGCUGGACAAAAACGACCCCUGGGGCAGCAGAAGAUAUCGGGUCUUUGGCACAGAGAUCAGGGAUUGAGCAGGGAUGCUGCUUGAAUAUGCUUGUAAAUGAAUCGUGUGUGUAUUUGUAUGUGCUGAGCACUCUUUAGUUGCUAGCUUGCUACCGUUAUUGCCUAGAAUUAGCAUGUUGUUGCAGUACCGCCGCUAACAGUAUGUAAUGGUUAAGCUUAUGUACAGUCCUUAUCUAGAACACUAGUGUCUAGUGGCGUCGUGUGAGCUGUUUCUGCAGUCCUGGACUCUAAUUGUCUAAUGAGAUGUAAGGGCCCCUUGUCCACGCCAAGAGUCCAUUUUUUCC